AUGCAAUGUGCCAUUGUUCAUGCAGCAACUGAGGAUACUGCAUCUUCGUGUCGGAUAGAAUGGGCUGAAGGGCGUGGCAUCACCUGGACACCUCGUAACAAGCCAGACAGACUGAGAGCCCGUCUCAAGGAGUGUGAAGAGCUACUGUCCCAACACCCUCCAGUCUGUGUGAAGUGGAAGGCCCUCCGACACUGUCUAAUUCUCCUGAAGAAUGGAGUUCUGGUAACAGUCACUGUUGCAAGGCACUCUGGAGACAUUGAGAGACUCAACAUUGACAGGAGUCUAGUCACUAGACUUCCCUCCAAUAUUGAUGCUGCUGUGAUAGGAGACAACAGUAUCCUCUUGUCUCUCUCGGAGGACCACAGACCGGCCAUUCUCUCUCUGCAGGCCAAGAAGCUGACAGGAUCUCCCCUCCCUCUCUCACUCACUCAGACUGACUCGGGCAGGAAACUUGAGAGACUAUCAAACGUCGACCCAAAGCUCCAUUUUGCUCACGUGCGAGGACUCCCAGUGACGGGGAUAUGGAAGCACGUGAGACUCAACACCAUAGGAGAUCUGGCGGUAUUUUGGUGGAGGGAGAGGAGCCCUCACUCCCACACCACUCACAACCUACUACUCUUCUUCAUCAACAGUGGCAUAAUGGACUAUGUUGGGGGAGUGCAUACUGACUAUCAACCAGUGGACAUUCAAUUCAGUAAGAAGUACUAUCGGAAGUUGUACUGUCUGGAGAGGGUCAGUAGGUCAGCCUACCUUUCAUCCAUGUACGAGUGUGGAGAAAACGAGUUGUCCAAGAAAUCAAUUGAAUCUGAGAUACCACUGUCAGGCAGAGUGGUCGUGUGUGAGAGGAGUGUGGAUGAGACCAAGAUCAUGCUGGCCUGCGAAGACGGCACAAUUGUUCUACACGAUGUGAUUGGAGGAAAAACUACAUCAACACAAUCCUUUAUAAAACCGAUCCAUCUCAUCCGCUGGCACCCAGCCGGCGGCUUUGCCUGUGUCCUCAGCUCCAAGGGAGAGCUCCAGGCGUUUGACUUGGGACUCAACCCUCUCCAGUUCCUGCUGAAUGGGGAGGAGCCUUCCCCCACCCUCAUACUCAGUCUCCACAGCCAUAUACUUGGAGUGACUCGUCUGAUUAGGGCAGAGUGGGGUUCGGGACUGCGAGAAGGGGAGGGCCACGGAGGUUGCUACGACAACUUCAUCAUCAUCUUUGAAAAUGGGCCAAUGGUUCUAUUGAGGCUGGAACUGGGGGUGAUGAGCAGGGGCUGUGUGGGACCAGUUGAGAUGGUCUGUGAACACCUCAGACUGGGACACACCGACAAGGCAAUUCGGAUACUCCACAUGCUGAGUUGGUUGAAUCAGUCACUGGAAGCUUAUUCCACCCUCUCCCUUAUUAUCAAUCACACUCUCAAACUACCACUCACUGCAGAAACCAUUGCUCAAAUGGACGAGGCUCUGGCGACUUUUCUGACACCUGAAAAGCCUGUUCCCCAUCUUGCCCACAGGGACAGUAUCUUCAACCUAGCCAGACGCUACUUCUUCUUACUCCUCAGGCAUGGAUGGCUGGAGAAGUGUCUUGAAUUGGCAGAGCAACUAAAUGCUAGAGACCUCGUAAUGGACGUGUACUUCAGAGCCACUCAACUGGGUCUCGAUACUCUGGCAAAGACAGCCAGACAGACAGCUCAGCAGAUCCCUCUCGGGGGUGAGCCCAUGUCGUCAGACCAGCUGAAACUGCUCGACCUGGUCUCCUCCGAGAGUCCGCACGCCCAGACCAGCAGCGUGCCUCGUCUGCUGGGCAGCUGGGACGAGAGAGAUGACCAGUUGCAGGGAGGAGACUGGCUCGAGGAAAGAGGACGCGAUUUUGCCGACCGUUUGGCAUCGAUGAAGUUUUAUACCUCAAACGAAUACAGUUCGGGAUCAGAAGCAAUGGGAGACAGUUUGCCAGAAGACUCAAUACUUGACAAUGAGGGCCUGCCGUACACUCCCAACAAACUGGAGCAAUAUGCUGAGUGUGUGGUCAUAGCAGCCCACCUUCUCUGUUCCUUUGCCUUCUACACUUCGCCUAUGUACUUUUUAUACUAUCUGCUUAGAUAUGGGGUGCCUACUACGGUAGGAGUGCUCAGUACAGCAAGGAACCUGGCUUUCAUACCCAUCUCGCUGUCCCUUGCCUACAUAGUAAGAGGUGUUGGGAGGUUCAAUAACAGAACGUACGUUGAGUUUCUGCGGUCGUGGAAUGCCACGCGGAGAAUGAAGACCAAAGUUGGACCUGCUGAGGCUAGGUUGACUGGUAUACAUGGCUACGACUUUGACAUGAGGUCCCACCCCGUCACCUUCCGUUUCGAUGAAUCCACCGUCAAGCCCCGCAGGAUCAUGAGUGCCAGGAGGAAAGGCCUUCUCGAGAGACUCUCCAAAUUCCCCAUCUCUUCUCUCAGAUAUAUAGCGGCUCACAUGGUUGGACGGAGGCUCAUAUAUCCCGGGUCUCUCAUGCUCCUCAACCUGGCAGUGGCUGAACCAUCAUCUCGAGGCCGAGCAACUUACAAGAGAAAGUACGAUGCACAUCGGGCUCGACUGCUGGCCUCCGACGGGAACCAGCUGGACUGCAUGUUUGUUGAUCGCAGGGGUUCCCCCGACGUCACCGCCAGGGGCAACCGUCUCGUCAUCUGCUGCGAGGGGAACGCAGCCUACUAUGAGCUGGGCCUUCUGGAGGUCCCAGCUAAAGCUGGGUACUCAGUUCUUGGCUGGAAUCAUCCUGGAUUUGGAGAUUCUACCGGGCUCCCGUUUCCCUCCCAAGAGUUCAAUGCAGUUGACGUGGUGGUUCGCUAUGCAGUCACCGACCUUGGAUUUGCAUUCCAGGAUAUCAUCGUGUACGCCUGGUCCAUUGGUGGUUACACAGCCUCGUGUGCAGCCAUGAGCUACCCUGACAUUGGAGCUGUUGUGCUGGACGCCAGUUUCGACGAUCUCUUUCCACUUGCUCAGAGAAGAGUCCCUCCAGCCUUUGUAAGCUUCACCCAUGGAAUGGUUCGGGAGUACUAUGACCUCAACAUUGGAGAACAGAUGUGCAGGUAUUCCGGACCGAUACUGAUUGUGCGACGUACUGAGGACGAAAUGAUGUCAAUAAAUGGUGAAGUGGGGACGAACCGAAGCAACCACCUGCUUGUAAAAAUUCUUCAGCACAGGUAUCCUAGCCUAGCUACAGCACAGAGUCUGCCUUCACUGUGGAAUUGGCUGCAAGCUGAAACCGAGGAAGAGAGAACUCUACUGACAGUGUCUAUAAAUCCAAGAGUGUGCUCUUCGAAAUUGAAGUCCUACAUGUCUGAGUUUGGUAGCUCCUAUCCGUGGACCAUAGGCAAUGGGAUGCCCCUGUCAGAAAAAGUGGAGCUGCUAUUGUUUCUGGUUGGCCAGUACGUGGUAAACUACGAGUCAACUCACUGUGUCAUUCUGCCAACUGACUAUUUCAGAGUUCCUCCGCCUGGAAAUAUACAGUAGUAGUUUCUCAUAAUUUAGCCUGUGUGUUUAAUAUAGGGGCACUUGCACUGAAAUUCGUUGUAGAGUCGUUAUUACGUAAUACCUACGGUGCGCGCUAUUUUGGGUUG